AUGUGGAUUGCAGAACACAUAUCAUUUGACUCAAAUGUUAGGGUUUAUAUUGAUUUUCAUUGCAGUCUUGACUCUGAGCUCAACGUGAGACAUUGUUGAGAUCUCCUGAAACACUAGAAGACACGCAAGGUUAAGACGGUGAUCGUACCUGUCUGCUCUAAGAUAUAAUUCAGAUAAGAACGCAAAAUUGACUCAAAUUGACUUUCAAUGAUGGCAGAACAUGGAGACCCUUGCACUGGGUCAGAAGUCAACUUUUGUAUGAAUGGAGGAACGUGCUUUAGAAUACACUCUGUGUCUACACCCACUUGUGUGUGCAGUGCAAACUAUGAGGGCAGCAGAUGUGAGCAGUUUCAGCUGUUCAGUUUCUCACACAGCAGUGAGGAGAAGGGAAUGAUCGCAGCCACAGUCAUCAUCGCGCUUCUCAUCAUAGUAGUGCUCUGCGUGGUCAUAUAUUACAUCUACAAAAUGAAGAGAUCUCCCCAAAGGCAACCGAAAUGUCAAGAAAAGUACCAGAGAGAAAAUCCAACAGUGUGAUAUUUUGUAUUAUUGUGUGAUUCGACACGUGGACUCAUUGGGGUUAAAAGAGGCAAACAGCAGUGAAACCGCUACAAUUGAGAAUCCUCUGAGCAUUACCUGUGGAGGUCUCCUGGUCUUGCAUGUGAAAAUGUGUGUCAGUUUGCACAAAUCUUUGGUUUAGUAGCUCAAAGUAUCACAUAACGAAACAUCUUUCUUUGUUAAAACUUUGUAAAUGGUAAUUCUGUCACAUACAACUAUCAUUUAAAAUUUCGCCAAGAGGGUGCAGAUCCCACAGAAAUGAAUAUUUACUUUAGACCAAAAAAUACAUUUCAAGACACCCUUACAGAAAAGUCACAUGAAUUUUGUUGAAAUUGUCUGUCAUGAAUACUAUGUUAUGCCUACAAUAUUUUUUCCUUCUAUGGUAGCCCAUGAUGUUCCAGAAAUGUACAUUUUCCAAAUAUCGUUCAUUAUGUUCAACAUAACAAAAAGUGUAUUAAUGUUUGGAACAACUUGAGAGUGAGUAAAUGAUGACAGAAUUUUCAUUUUUGGGUGUAAAUUUGACCGGCUAUUAAUAUUUUACCACAAAAACAUACAAAAUACUGUGUCAUUUUUUACUAACCUCCUGUUAUUUUACUCCUGAAUAUUACUCAGCAGAAUUUCUGGACAGAUGUUUUCUAUGUAAUUAAAAGGAGAACUGGAGCUGUAAAAAAAGAUAAAUGAGUGUUUAGCAGCCAAAAAUAAAAUGCAAAUCUAUA